GGACUCGCAGCAACUUCCUGAAACUCAGAAACAGGCGGCGACGGAGGGAGUUUGACCCGGGACAGAGGGAGCGCCUGGGGUCGUAGGGAGCGAGGGAGUGUCCGGAGACGGAGGGAGAGAAGUGGCGGCGGCGGUCGCGGUCGCACGGAGAGAGCAAGAAGUCAACCGGGAGAGGGAGCGGGGGGAGAGGACGGAGCCGGGAUUCGGAGAGCGGGCGGCGGACGGGCAGCGUUUAUGGCAGAUGUUCUCAAUGGUGGGCAAUUGGAUGCCGAUAAUCCACUGGGCAGUUUUCACCACACGCUGGAGUGCUUUGCGGUCCGAUAUAGGACAAUUGCCAUACCACACUGAGAUGCAGUUGGCCUCCCUCCACUCUGUCAUGGCUCCGUUCCUGCGCAUCUCCUUCAGUUCAUACGAGCUUGGCCUCGCCCCAAAUGUCGCUGAGGGUCAGCAACCGUUCAUCGCUGUGAAGAUGAAGGAGGCUAUGACCACAGAGCGCGGUAAGACCCUGAUGCAGAAGAAGCCGACUAUGUACCCAGACUGGAAAUCCUCCUUUGAUGCUCACAUCUAUGAGGGCCGGGUCAUCCAGAUCGUCCUGAUGGGGAGUGCGGAGGAGCCCCUGUCCGAGGUUACGGUUGGCGUCUCCGUCCUUGCUGAGCGUUGUAAGAAAGGCAACGGGAAAGCAGAGUUCUGGUUGGACCUCCAGCCUCAAGGCAAAGUGCUGAUGGCAGUGCAGUUAUUCCUGGAAGACACAGACUGUCACCAGGGUGUGCGGGAGGAAGACGGAGCUGUCACUCUGAACCGCAGGAGAGGUGCCUUCAAGCAGGCCAAGAUCCACUACAUCAAGAACCACGAGUUCACCGCCACCUUCUUCCGGCAACCAACCUUCUGUUCUGUGUGUCGGGACUUUGUCUGGGGUCUGAACAAGCAGGGGUACCAGUGUCGCCAAUGUAAUGCUGCAAUUCACAAGAAAUGUAUCGACAAGAUCAUCGGCCGAUGUACAGGGACGGCCACAAACAGCCGAGACACUAUGUUCCAGAAGGAGCGUUUCAAAAUCGAUGUUCCGCACAGGUUUCGGGUCUAUAAUUACAUGAGUCCAACGUUCUGUGACCACUGUGGCAGCUUGCUGUGGGGUCUGGUCAAGCAAGGACUGAAGUGUGAAGAGUGUGCGAUGAAUGUGCACCACAAGUGUCGGGCCAAGGUUGCAAAUCUCUGUGGGAUCAACCAGAAACUGAUGGCUGAGGCACUGAACCAGAUCAGCAUGAAGUCAUCCACCCGAAAGUCUGAUAGCAGUCUCCCUGACAAUUCGAACAUCGGUAUUUAUCAGCCUUACAACAGCCCCUCUGCGUUUGGAACCCAGAACGUGGACUGCACAGACAAUGACCAGUACGGGAAACUCUGGGAGGAAAGCUCACCGAGGCCUCCCCAGCGAGGACCGAGUCUGCGGGAGGGUCUGAGGAAGAAACUGACCCUUGAUAAUUUCACUUUGCAUAAGGUGCUGGGUAAAGGCAGCUUUGGAAAGGUGCUCCUCGCUGAGUUUAAGGGAACAGGGGAGUUCUUUGCUCUGAAAGCACUGAAGAAGGACGUGGUUCUCAUGGACGAUGACGUGGAAUGUACGAUGGUUGAGAAACGCGUGCUAGCUCUGGCCUGGGAUAACCCAUUCCUUACGCACCUGUACUCCACCUUCCAAACCAAGGAACACUUGUUCUUUGUGAUGGAGUACCUGAACGGAGGGGACCUCAUGUUCCACAUUCAGGAGAAAGGACGUUUCGACCUGUACCGGGCCAUGUUCUACGGGGCAGAGAUAGUCUGCGGCCUGCAGUUUCUGCACUCGAAAGGUAUCAUUUACAGGGACCUGAAGCUGGACAAUGUGAUGCUGGACAAAGCUGGACACGUUAAAAUCGCCGACUUUGGCAUGUGUAAGGAGAAUGUGUUCGGGGAGAAUCGCGCCACUACGUUCUGUGGUACGCCAGACUACAUCGCUCCUGAGAUCCUGCUUGGCCAGCGGUACGGGUUCUCAGUGGACUGGUGGUCCUUUGGCGUGCUGCUGUAUGAGAUGCUGAUCGGGCAGUCUCCUUUCCACGGCGAUGAUGAGGAUGAGCUCUUCGAGUCUAUCAGAGUUGACACUCCGCACUAUCCGCGCUGGAUCACCAAGGAGUCUAAGGACAUCCUUGAACGGCUCUUUGAACGAGACCCAGUGAAGAGGCUUGGAGUUUCCGGAAAUAUCAAACAGCACAAUUUCUUCAAGACAGUGAACUGGACAGCUUUGGAGAAGAGGGAAUUGGAGCCUCCUUUCAAACCCAAAGUGAAGUCUGCUGGUGAUUAUAGCAACUUUGACCGUGAGUUCCUUAGCGAGAAACCCCGACUGUCUCAGGGCGACAAGAACCUGAUUGAUUCCAUGGAUCAGACAGCAUUCCACGGCUUUUCCUACACCAACAAGAGCAUGGAGCGUUUGAUGAAAUAGGCCGAGGACAGCGUCUUGCCCUCCAGUUAAACUCCCGCGUCUCAGCAAACGAACUGACCCGAGGAUUGAGUCUUGGGAAUCGUUUACUUCGCUAUCCAGACUCCUAAUAAUUAAUUCAUCUGUAAUUGCUAAUUUCUGCUGGCUUCCUGGUGUGUUGGUGAUUGGUCGUGUGUGUGUGCAUGCCUUUAAUCUGUAUAUGCUCAGCAGGCUGUUACAUUACUGGUGACACUGUAAGAUGAGGAUUGGUUGCUAAACCCUGGUUAAACAAUGACUGAGAACUGUGCUCCUCUGAAAGUUUUGACACUUUUAAACUGUCAUCAUCUUGUCUUUAUACCAAUGUCUUCAAUUAAAGUGUACAUUAUUUAAAUUUCCUGAUUAAAGACUAGUUUCCUUUCAUUAACUG